GUGAGUAAAAAACAAACUGCUUUCGUCGUAGUUGUUGUUUUUUCAGCUGACACCAUUCCACAUACCAAAGAUGACCUGUUGAAAAAUUACUGUAAGUUUCGUCUUAAACAAUAAAAAUGGGUAAUAGCCAUGGGCAUCAUGGCAGUAGCAAGCAUAAAUCAACAUCAUCACAGUCAACAUCGGAUAAUUCGUCUAGAAAAUCUUUUUCCAAAAGUAUAUCUGGAAAUGAUAUUCAAGAUAAGCACUUCACCAACUUCGAAUCUGUAACGAAAUUGGCUAAGAUUUUGUCUGAAAAAACCUCAGCUGAAGAAAAGGUGUUGGGUAUUACUCUCAACAUUUUUACUAAAUAUCUGUUUCCGAGGUACCAUGUUCUUGCUAUGAAAUUAUUCAAUUAUUUCCACAAGUUAUCCAAUUCUAGCAAAGAAUAUAUAGGAACUCAAGCCUUUGUAGAACAAUGUGCAAAGUAUUUACAAAUAUUAGAUGAUGCUACAAUGAGUGAUAUUCUGGUCAAGAUGUUUUCUGUGGAAAAUCAAGAUAAUAAUAAUGAAACAAUAACUCCCGACUUAUUAAAAAUGCUACUUAUGUCUUCUUAUCACAUAAGCAUGGACCAUUACUCUGAAGGGCCUCAGUCUUGUUAUUUUCUACAUCAAACUUUAAAAGCUAUUGUGGAUAGUUGCUUUCAUGUCAAAAAUUCCUUAUCUACAAGUUAUGUUUCUCAUUGGUUGCAAUCAAAUUGCCCAAGAUUGUUACAACCAGUACACAGAUUCAUUGUCCACACUUUAGCUACUGCUUACAGAACUCUGGAAGAGAAGAAUGAAAUCGAUUUGGUCACUGGUCUGGACAUUAAAGAUUCUUUUGAACAAGGUAAACAAAGAUCCAGCCUGGAACUGGCCACACCCGUCUUGGAAAAGACCUCUUCCUUUGCUGGUAACUCCUCGUCUCAAUCAAAUGGCAAAAACACAUCUUACACCCUUAACAUGAGCUUAAGCUGGCUGUUGGCUAGCGCUUUGCCUCCACUUUAUUCGAUGCCCCAGAAAGCAAACUCUCCUGAGGGCAGCUCAAAUGGUCUGACCAGUAUGAUGUUCAUGGCUAGGAUGUUGAGUUCAAUUCCUUCCCAUUGGGUACUGAUAUAUGAUUCCAACCAGCAUGGGCUGGGGGCUAACAGGUUCUUACACCAUGUUCUUGCCUAUAAAGGUCCUACUUUGGUGAUGUUGAAAACCCAGGAGGAGAGUGUGUUCUGUGUGGCUUGUCCCGAUGAAUGGCACGAAUCCCAUCAUUAUUGGGGUCGGGAAGAAUCUGCCCUGUACCAACUUCUACCCAAGUUUAGCCUCAUGGAAAAAGGUCUGAAAAUGUUGUACCUCAACUUCACUGCUAGGGGUUACCCACAUGGUUUAAGGGUGGGUAGUGACCCUAGAAAUCCUCUCAUCUCUAUUGAUGGUGGAUUUGAAAAGAUUGAAUACAGUAAGAUACCAGACAAACUUAUGAGGGUAGAAGUGUGGGGUUGUGGUGACCCUGUGAGUAGGGAUCGUCAGCUGGAAGUGAAAAAAUGGGAGGUUCGAGAAGCUGAGAAACAGAGGACAGUUAAGCUUUCAGCAGCAGAUUGGAUCGAUCAUCCAGAUCGUUAUCUUCUGGAAUUAGCUGGUAGGCCUCAGUAUGCAACAAAAUGAAAAUAAAACGCACUAAUAAGUACUAUGAUUGUUAUCGAUAUGAAGAUUUUCUACAUCUCAAAACCUUUUUUUUGCAUCCAGUCUACUUAAUUGUUAGUUUUCUAGUUGCAGGAUGAGCAAAAUUUAUUUUUGUAAUGAUGACGAUAUUGUUAAUCUAAAUUUUUACCAGUUUAGAUCUUGUAGUACUUAAGAAAAACUUAUGUGCUUGUACUUAGUUAUUACACUACAAAAAUCCAGUUAGCGCGAUCCAAUGUGAUGCUCAUUUUAUAAAGAAUAGUGCCUGUCUGCCAAAAUGUGCCAAUUAAAAAAAAAAAAUAAUGUUUGUAAAGUUUUGGUUCCUAAAUUUCGUUUGAAGUGAAUAGCUUCAAAAGAAACAACAGGUAGCCCUAUUGAUUUUGUAAAUGUUACAAAUGCCAUAGAACAGGGUACUUAUUUUGAAAUGAUGAAUUAAUAUUGAUUUAAUUUGAAUAAAAAAAAUGAUGAAAAAAAAUCUGAAAUGAGGACACAAACCGUAAUGUAUAUUUCAUUCAUGUGAUAGUAUUUCUGAGUUUUGCAGAUUGUUUAAUCAACUUUCCAUUUUUUUUUAAAUCUCGUGUUUGAUUUGUCAUUUUUUUUCUUUUAUUCCACCAAGACAAAUUAGCAUUCUUUGAUUUAUUAUGAAAGCAUUUCUUAUGGUAAUUUUAUUUAUUUUUAUCUGGAGCUUUGACUUGAGUAAGUAGAAAAAUGGACUGAUAUGGAAAAAGAUGAGUUUCUGCCCUUGGGGUGCCUUUCUCAUUUAAUUUAUUUUCAAGGGCGAAUUCAUUUGAUUGUGAAGAUACUUAUUUAAUUUUAAAUAUUUUCUUCUAUUUAUAUUGUUUCAUGAAUUAUUUAGUAGCAUCUAAGUGCAAUUAUAACGAAAACAAAGUGAUGCUCAUUACCAUAAGUUUCCAAUUGGAAAAAGUUUGUCUAGAACAAAUAAUUUGUUGAUAAUAAAGAUGAUGAAAUUGGAAA